CGUCGCGGUGGUCCUUGCGAUGCGUAUUGCUGCCUUGCUUUGCCCUCCACAAGUUCCACACGCAGUCGAUUCCACACUGCCUCUCCAGGCUUGGCUUCUUCAUCCUCCUCUUUACUUCUCGCACCAGAUUCUCUACUUUUCUCGUCCAAAUCCCUGAAUCUUUCGACCCUUCUUGCCGCAUCAAUUGGUUUGCCGGCAUUGAGUUUCGUUUUCUCUCUUUUUCCCUUUUACCCAGAAUAAAAAAGUCGGCUUUAUUUUUUCACUUUUUUCGACCCACUUUCUCUUCUCCUCAUCGCAAUUCUUUGAUUUAAUUCCGAUUUCGAAUUUGUAUUGGAGAUUUGUUUUGCCCUUCUACGCUGUCUCUCGGCUUUCGUUAUAGAAAGUUCUGGAAUUUGGUUGAUGUCUGCCUUUUAUGUGAGGAGCUUUAGCGAAUGUGCUCGUUCGAAGUUAGGGUUUGUUUGAACUGCUAGAAAGAUGGUGCCGUGGGGUGGAGUCAGUUGCUGUUUGAGCGCGGCCGCUCUAUAUCUCCUUGGCAGGAGCAGUGGAAGGGAUGCUGAGGGUCUAAAGUCUGUUGCUCGAGUUAAUCAAUUGAAAGAUUUGGCACAGUUACUGGAUACUGCAAGCAAAGUAUUACCUCUGGUUGUUACAGUUACUGGAAGAGUUGGUUCUGACACACCAAUUAGUUGCGAGUACAGUGGCUUAAGAGGUGUAAUUGUGGAGGAAACAGCAGAGCAGCAUUUUCUGAAGCACAAUGAUGCUGGUUCAUGGAUACAGGAUUCUGCGUUGAUGCUAUCCAUGUGUAAAGAGGUUCCCUGGUACCUGGAUGAUGGGACUGCUCGUGUAUAUGUAAUAGGAGCCCGAGGUGCGACAGGAUUGGUAUUAACAAUUGGAAGUGAAGUGUUUGAGGAGUCUGGGCGUUCCAUUGUUCGUGGAACAUUAGAUUAUCUUCAAGGUCUCAAGAUGCUUGGAGUCAAGAGGACUGAACGGGUUCUUCCCACUGGUACACCCCUGACUGUGGUUGGUGAGGCUGUCAAAGAUGAUAUUGGAACAAUUCGAAUUCAGCGACCUCAUAAAGGCCCAUUUUAUGUUUCUCACAAAACCAUUGACCAGCUCAUUGCAAAUCUUGGAAAGUGGGCAAGGUGGUAUAAGUAUGCUUCAAUGGGGUUUACUAUAUUUGGUGUAUAUUUGCUGGCAAAGCAUGCGUUCCAAUAUUUUAUGGAAAGAAGGCGCCACUGGGAGUUGAGAAAAAGGGUUCUUGCUGCUGCAGCUAAUAGACCAGGCCAAGAGAAUAAAGGUUUAGAUGCUAAAGCUGAUAAUGGGUCUGACACUACUAAAAAGGACCGGUCGAUGCCUGAUCUAUGUGUGAUAUGUCUAGAGCUAGAGUACAAUUCUGUUUUUGUCCCAUGCGGCCACAUGUGCUGCUGUAUGAGGUGCUCUUCGCACUUGACAAGCUGCCCACUUUGCCGGCGACGGAUCGAGCAGGCGGUGAGGACUUUCCGGCAUUGAUGCUGCUGCUCGGCUUACUGUUAUGUUUCCGUAAAAAGAACUCCAUGAUUGGUAGACCUUACUGACCAACCUCCUCCUCCUAGACCAAGCCCGUGAAGUUAAGUUGUAAAUAACUUUACGUGUCCAGAUGCCUUGUGUAAAUUGACGGUUCUUGUAACGAAUACUGUAGCAACUUUUGACCACCCUUUUGAAUCCCCAUCACCAUUGGGGUUGGGGGGGUAUUUCAGGUAAUCACGCAUAUCCUUUCAUUUCUUGUUUUUA